AUGGCCCAUGUUUACCUCGAAGCCGUAAUGACAAAUCAUAAUCGGGCACUCGGAAACAAGCAGAACGCUCACCCCGUUUACUCAUCGUUCAUUCAAGCUGGAAAGAAGGAGGGUCAGCGCGAUAAGACCAACGGGCCACGGUUCUGGGAAUGACGGAAUCACGAGUGGGCGCUUAUGGUUUCCUCGGUCCCGCCACUUUCUUUUGGUCGCUUCCAUGGCUUGGGUGGGAUGGUGACUUGAUUCCACGACGACUUGGAUUGGAUGGCGACGUGGAUUGGGCGACUUCGACUUCGAAUGAACGUUCCCGACGUCGAAUGGACGACUCGUUGACCUCCUUGUGGAUGGACGAUGACUUUCGACGAGCCAUACCGGCACCCUUCGCAUCCUUCCUCUUCCCUUUGGCGUUCCCCCCUCUACGUCCCUUCUCGAUGUGUAUUCGGUAUGACCGUUGGGACUCGGUGCUGUGGUUUCGUCCGGUAUGGUUGUUGCGUUCGGUAUGCGUUGACGGUCCUACCCUCGGCACUCCUCGGGAGACUGACGACUGGACCUACCUCACCUCUUCGCCGUUGACUGUGGAUGGAUGAUCUGCGUACGUGGUACCUACCUACCCGGUCCGGACAUGGGGCUCUUCCGCCGCGGUGUUGGUUGGUUCUGACGUUGGGCUUCCUACUCGCUAUCGGCCUACUCGCUAUCGAACGACCCACUCAGCCUCCACCGACAUUUCGUCUCUCCUCUACGCACCAUCCGACGACAUGUUAUCUCUGCCCUACCCACCAUUCCAUCGUGACCAUUAAUUCCUCAAGGUCAUGCAAAUGAAAAUGGAUGGUGGUACCGAUGUUUAGAGACUCACAUCCGAGGAUGAGAGAGCAGUUGUAUACAGAUUUGGAGUGAACAAGGUUCCUGUGGGCUACGGGCCCCAGUGGCGAGUCGACGGAAGACAGGAUUUGGGGCGAUAACGCUUUGGACGAAUUUCUCCCCUCGAUAAUAGAAGCUCUGGAUGGUGCGGCCGAGGUGGAAGACGACAAAGUUGGGG